ACCCUAAGCCCGCUCCGAAAAUUUUCGGGUAUCCUUCGCAAGUCCUCAAUUACACCACCUGCUUCACCCACGUCGUCACCUCCAGGUUCACCAUCCUGGUGCCUAUGGCUUGUAUCUGCCCUUCAAGGUCAUGUUUUUAAUGGCGAAGAACGACAAAAGCUCGCCUAUGAUAUCGAACAAAUGAGCGAAGUUGAGCAAGACAUUUUUAUCGAGUUCCUUAAGACAGGAGUAGCUCCCUCGACAUUGGAAAACAACGCUUGCAAACAAUUUGUCUGUAAUACGACUGACCUUUGCAACGCACUAAUCUGUAGGGAACCCCAGCCGUAUAUGAAAAAAUGCCAUAGACACGAAGACUAG